CGAAGCAGCUCUGGUCCUAACUUCGUUUGAUAUCCUGACCAUUGGCACUUCUCUACUGGCCAAGUCGGGCUGUUCUAUGACUGGUCUUAUUCAAGUCUUGAAUCUCUCUUCAAGCAAUCUUCUCCUCUCUACUGAAGUGUAUCAAGGAAUUCAUCUGUACCCGUAGAUUCUGCAAUCGUUCAUUCGCAACACAAAAUUUUGCAUCUGUCCCAGGAGCCCUUGUAGCUAGGGCUUCAAACUCAGCGGCUAGAACCUCCAAGCUGGAGAUCAUCUCAGCUCCAUACUUCAAAACUUUAUCUGCUUUAAAUUGAAGAGCAGCUUCAACACCAGGGUUCAGGACAGUUUCCGGAGAUAAAGCAUUAACACCAGUAACUGUAGCACCCGUCCUCCCCAGGUUUUCUCUAUUCUUCAACUCCUUGCUUGCAUUUCUAAUGAAGAGAAUCAACGUUCGCUUUGCAGCAUUUGAAUCAGCUUUGUUUUCAUCAGUAAACAUAUCUGCCAGACUAUCUUGGAGAACUAAAAUCGUGGCUUGGGCAAUUCCCUUGAGCCUCCCUGUAAUUUCAGUCUAAGGUGGUCAGUUGCAAACUCUUCAGGGUCAACUCAUAAAAUCAUCCACAGUUAACAUUUUCACCUCCUCGAGGUUUGCAAGAGCUCCGGGAAUAGGAUCAAUAUCAGCCAUUCUAUCACUGGCCACAGACACACCGUAGAAGGUACUAGUUGAAAACCUGGGGUCCUGAUUCACAAAACUUGGAUUCUCUCCCUCCUCGUCCUAGGCUAAGGAACUAGCUUGAGUGAAAACUUAUCCUCUUGAACACUAGGCAGACCUCCCCGACCCGACGUGUUUCGUCCUGGGUUUUGUACUGUUUCUUUCUGGAUAAGGGAUGUCACAGGGUUCCAAUCAGAGUCAAACCCACAAAAAGGAGAGGUGGGGCUCAAAGGGGGAUCUGCCAUCCCAGGAAAAUUUCAUCUGUUUUGGUUCUCGGUAUUUGCAAAAUGCAAAUUUUCCACUGUGCAUUUCUCACCUAAUUUUCAAUUAGGUCCUCACGCCAAAUGCCGGACACAGGCUCAGUAGUCAGACCCAUUUCUCACGAGCUUGUUUCUGUAAAUAUCCACAGUUCAUUUAUAGUCUAGGAACAGGGAAAGCACAUUUUGCGGUGGAAACUGAAAAAAUAAAUCACUAUUAAUCAGUUCCACAUAGUUAAACAAUUUUUAAGCAAUACCAUCAACUAAUCAUUAUUUUACAAUCAAUCAAUCACACAUAUCUAUUAAAAAGAGUGCUUACAUUUGGUGCAUCGACUGAGUGGGUGGAGCACCGUUCACAUAGGUAUAUUUCUUGACGAGACUGCUUAUUUAACCAGAUCCCUUUAUCUCCGAUGGUUCACUCCUUAAAUAGUUUAUAUUAGAUUUAAAUUCACUUUAAAUCAUUGUUCUAACACACCUGUUAUUAUUCUGAUCAGAGCUCACUAGAUCAGGUGGGGUAUUUGUUUCCUGGUUUGAGAAUGUUCGGCUCUCACCCCAGGUUCAGCAUACACCUCUUCAGCUCCAAACAAACACAUCUUCAACUCUAGGGUUGGGAACAACAAUCUCCAAUCAAUCUUCAACUCAAAAUCAACAUUCUCCUUUAAGUCCUGAAUACGUUAGAGUUGAGAAUAGUCAAGAUUGCAAGUACCGUGUACAGCAACGGUACAGCAGUAUAGGAGAUAUAAACACACCUGUGAAUAACUCAUGGCUGCAAUAACAGGACAGCUUCAUGCUCACAGGUACAUAGAGUACAGCGUCUCCUUCUUAUCCAGGUUAAACCAGGAUUAUAUAGUACCAGUACAAUCUUCUUCUGUUGAGGUACAGGUACAGCAGCAGCUACUCCGGAACUACCAUUUGUAGUGUACAAGUGUCAGAACAACAAGUGUCAAACCAGUCAGCUGGGGUCAGGAUGCAACGAUUUUGUCCUCAGCUCCUAAACAGGGGUAUAUAUUGUCGAUGCACCAGGGAGGGAUGAGAUCAGGGUACAACAACGUGUACACUGUUCCCAUGUACAAGUAGUACAGUACGUUAAGGAAUGUACAGUAUUAUAAUAUUUCUCAAACCUUUUGUUUAUAUCGUAGAGAAAUUAUUCGAAUUUGCAUUCAAACAAGACCAUAUUGUUUGGUCUGAAAAAGGCCUCUAAAUAUUUUUAAUAAAUGUUUUGAGAGUAAAUGUAGCGUUUAAAUACAUGGUUACAAUUUUAGGAUUGAUGGUAUUGCAACUGCUUCCUUUUAUAUAUAUAUAUAUAUAUACAAGUUUAAAAUCUUUUUACUUUCAUUUUUAGAUAAAACUUUCAGUUAUACAAUAAAAUUAGGCUAAAUAUGCUUUCAAUCAACAGGGUAAAAUAUUCGUUGAACAGGGCUAAAUAUGUGCUAGAAUUAGGGGUAAAUAGAAAGUACUUUAUAUCUUCUGUAGCUUGAAGAUUGAUGAUUAGGUGUGGAUCCAGCUCUCGUAGUUCAAGGUUUAUGUGAGCACUGGGUUCGUCACUCCUUGCACUUCCUAAACAGGGCUUUAGAUAUAGGUUUUACAAAUGGGUUGUUUGAUAUUGCCGAGCCCAACUUUGAACUAAUGCUGAGAAAUGAAAAGUCUAUGCCAAGAUCCAAGGAGAGUAUCAUGGAGGAUAUGCAGUUUUUGCAGGAUCAAAGAUCUGCUCGAAAAAUGGAGAUAAGCCAUCAAUGUGAUAUGGAGCUUGAGGAAGUUGUCAAGAGAAGAACUGAGAGGUAUAGGAGGCAUGAUGAGUAUAGAAAGAAUAUUGCUGCUGAAGGUUUCUGUGAUCCAUUCCCAGAUGAAGCCAAUGAUAUCUUUUAUGAUCCUGUCCCAGUUGAUAAAGGUUUGCACUGCAAGAAACAAAGUCACCAUUCGAUGAUGAUGAUAGUGAUGAUUCUGACAUCAAUGAUCAUAAUGAAAGCCAAACAUUUGUAUCAGAAGUCAACCUAGCAGGUCCUUCAAAUACAUCUAUUUCAGAAAGAGAAGAAUUGAGAAAGGUUCAACUUUAGUUACAGUUGAGAAAGAUAUCUCACUAUGUUGCCUCCACUAGUGGAGGCAACAACUUCCCUCAGCGUAAGAAGUGGGCUAAGCUAUAGAGACCAAACAGUGUUUCUUGCAGCAAUAGUAAAUUAUCUUGAUAUCCCUUUCAAACAAGUUGGUCUAAACAGAGAGACUGUGAGAAGAAAGCGAUUUGAAAUUGUUCAGAGAGAAGGUGAGGGUAUUAGGUCUGACUAUAUGAAAGAAAUGGCCAGUAAACAUUUAGUUCUACACUUUGAUGGGAAAAUUCUGAAACAUAUUGAAGAAGAAAGUAAGCAAGAGUACAUCAACUGAUAGGAUUGCCAUCUCAGUUACAAGUCCUGAAUUUGGAGACAGAGAUGACCUUUUAUUAGGAGUUGUGCCUUGUGAAAGUGGAAAAAGUGCAGAUUGUGCUCUUUGCAUUCAGAAUCUCUUUGAGUACUUUGAUGUAUGUGAUGGAAUAUUUGCUAUUUGUGCAGAUACAACUGCAGCAAAUACUGGACGUAACAAUUGAACUACUGUGAUUUUGGCUUAGGUUCUCCAGAAGCCAUUUCUGUGGUUAUUAUGUCGCCACCACAUCUCUGAACUUACUAUAAAGGCCUGCUAUCAAGCUGUCACAGGAGAAAAAACUGUUGGUCCCAGCAGAAAAAUGUUAUAGACAUAAAAAAAGAUUGGACAGAGAAGUAUCAUCCAGUGCUGUCAGCACAAGGUGUAACAGCACAUUUCAAGAAAAUUGAUGAGUCUGCUCUCCAGGUUGGAAGUGAGUUACACAGGAUCUAUCUAGAAUCUAAAAGUUUCAUUUCUUAUGCACUGGAGCAUGAAGUCUUCCCUAGGGGAGAUUACAAACAUUUAGUCCAGUAUCUGGCUUUUGCAAUGAAUAUAAAGUCUAAAAAGCUUGACAACUUCAAGAUCUACCAGCCAGGAGCCUGCCAUGAUGCUAGAUUUAUGGCAUAUGCAAUUUAUCUGGUAAUGCUAGAUAUUACAUCUCCUGUGCUUGAUUAUAAGUCUCAGACCAAGAUGGUGGGAAAGUUGACUUUGAUAAUUGCAAUCUAUUAUGGGCCUGCAUUCUUAAGAUCUACCAAAACAGAGCAUGCAGUCAUGAAUGAUUUCAACACAUUCAAGACAGCUAACAUCUUAAGCAAUGAGUUUGAUGAGGAAGUUGGGAGAUCACUGAAGAAAACUGUGAGUAAUCACACAGAAUAUUUGUCUCCAAAGUGUCUUCCAAUGGCUUUGACUGAUCCAGAUCUUGAUUUGGAAACCAAGAUCAAGCUUUUGUAUGCUCUUAUUGCGUAUGAAGUACCAGAGCUUACAGAAAUCAGUAUAACUGCUCCAGACAAGGUAGUAAUCACAGAGAAUACAAAUCUGGAGAGUCUCAUCACUCAGGAAAGCUGGACGAUGUUCAUUCUUCUUGGCAUAGAGAAAGAGGUUCAAGAGUGGUAUGAAGCAGCAGUGAAGGGAGAGGAUUUCCAGAAGAUGAAAUCCUUUGCAUGGUUUGAAGAAUUCAUUAAAACCCUCAGUUGCACCAAUGAUAGUGCAGAACGUAACAUUGGUUUGAUCCAGAGGUUUGUAGGAUCUUCAUUAAAUGAAGAUCAGCGCCAGAAUGUCUUAUUAGUUGUCAGAGAGAAUAGAAAAUUAAUCAGCAAGAGCAUGACUCAAUCUGAGCUUGCAAACUGAAGGCUAAUCAGGGGUACAUAUAUUACAUAUCCAUCUCUUCCUAAAUUACUUGUGAAAAUUCUUGUUAUUUUAACCAAUUUUAUAAAAAUACUGCUCAAAUUAGAUUCUACUGAAAUCACCCUUUACCCCAUAUUUCACAUUUUACGUAGAAUAUUGAAUUUAUGUACCAAUCAAGAAAGAAAUAAUAUGUAAACCAACUUAUAAUAAUGUUAUGCUAAAAUAAUGUUGAAAAGUCGGAUACAAUUUUUUCCGAAAAAUGAGAAAAGUCAAGGGUUUUCAAAAACUGUUUCAACCUAAGAGAAUAAAGUUAGAACCAUAAAUUUUUUUGGAUUUCACCUCUAAGGCUGAGUAAGGUUAGACAUCACACAUAGAACCUAUCCAUCUUUUGAUUUUUUGAUUUUUGAU